UUGCAAAAAUAGUAGGCUAGUGCGUUGUGUACGGUAAAUGAAAUUUAUCUGUCAAGUUGCCUUGUAAGUUUAUUUGAUUCAGGAACCUUCUCAGCCAACCUCACCGGUCGUUAGCUCAGUAGGCUAUCAAAAUUACAAAAAUGAGCUAUAUUCAGGUUGCUGAAGAUGAUGGAGAAGAACCAAUCGAAUUGCCUUCAGAAGAUGAUGGAACACUGCUCCUUUCAACAAUAUCAGCUCAGUUUCCAGGAACAUGCGGGUUAAAAUACAGAAACCCGGAGUCUCGAGCAAUGCGGGGAGUACGUUUAGUAGAAGGCAGAUUGCAUCCUCCCGACAACGGUUGGGGAAAUAAUGUUUACUAUUGCGUUUUUCCAAAAGAGAACAAAAGAAAAUCCGAUGACCAUCUUGAGAACUCGACUGCUAAGACAAAACGUAUGGAAACCAAAAUGAAAUGUACUGAUUUGAUUAUUCUUGGUUUGCCAUGGAAGACUACAGAGCAACAACUGCGGGAAUACUUUGAAUCUUUCGGCGAAGUUCUAAUGGCCCAGGUGAAGAAAGACCCGAAGACAGGACAGUCGAAGGGGUUCGGCUUCAUCAGGUUUGCCAACCACGAGACGCAAAUCAGGGUGAUGGCUCAGAGGCACAUGAUCGAUGGACGCUGGUGUGACGUCAAAGUACCAAACUCUAAGGAGGGGUUCAUGCACCAGGUGCCAUGCAAGGUGUUUGUCGGCCGGUGCACGGAGGACAUCACGGCCGACGACUUACGUGAGUAUUUCACCAAGUACGGAGAGGUGACCGACGUGUUCAUUCCGAAGCCAUUCCGUGCUUUUGCAUUUGUCACGUUCCUAGAUCCGGACAUAGCGCAGGCGCUGUGCGGCGAGGACCACAUCAUCAAGGGGGUCUCGGUGCAUGUGUCUGAGGCGGCGCCCAAGAGUGACUUUGUGGGCCGCUCCUACGGGCCGGGGGGUAUGGGGGGCCAGCGCCAGGGGGGCAUGGGUCGCGACCAGAAGAACUUCGGCGGCCAGUAUGGCGGUGGGACUGGGGGCGGUCACAUGUACCACCCCCAGCAGCACCAGGGGGGCGGCAACAUGGGGGGAGGCCAUGGGGGGUGGAAUCAACCUCCGGGCAACCGGGGAAACCUGGACAUGCCUAACCUCCAAGCCCUGGGCAUCACAGGGCAGGCCGGGGCGGGAGGUCAGGGUGGGGGCCAAAACAUGGCCUCCCCCAUGGGAAUGGGCACUUUGAAUCUGUCGGCCCUCCCUAUGAACCCAGCCCUGGUGGCUGCCGCUCUCAACCAGGCCGGAUGGGGGCUGAUCGGCAACCUGCAAGGGGCACAAGGUGGAGGCGGGGGCGCGGGUGACGCCCCCCAGUUUGCCAACUCGGGCCCCGGUGGCCCCGCCUUUGGGGGCGGUCCUCAACAGGGUGGUGGUCCCCAGGGGGCGGCGGGCGCGGCUGGAGGGGGGUUUCUAAGCUGGAUGAACCAGGGGGGCGGUGGUGGUGGCGGCAAUGAGCCGCCUCAGGGGGCGGGGGGCGCUCAGGGCACCAAUGGCCCCCAGCAGCAGGCCUCCUGGCCCCAGCGCAAAGAGCAGCCUGGCAACUUUCUCAAAUAUGAUUGAUUCUUACUGUGUAAUGUUAAUUGGGUGUAGUGUGUUGUGAAUUAUUAAUAUUAUUAGUUGUAGUAUGCUGUAGAAUGUCAGUGUGAUGGGUGAUCCUAUAUAUCAUCAGUAUAUAAUAUAUAGUAAGAUUACCAACAUAAUAUAUAUGCUGUAGAAUGUGAGUGUGAUGGGUAAUCCUAUAUUAUAUAUCCUGCAAACAUUGAUAUGUAUAGUUGGAUGACCAACAUCUUUUGAGACCAUACGCUGCGUUCAGACUUGAGCUCCAUUAACACGCGCAUUUUGCUUAUCAUCAGCUGAUUAUAUCUGUAUCUUACUGUAACCAGCUGAUGAGAAGCGAAAUUCGCGUGUUCGUGGUGCUCAAGUCUGUAUGCACCUCUUCAUACAUGGUGGCCUAAACGCCAAUAUUCAUCAAACAGAUUAUGCUACAUAACUUGAUGGGUGGUGACUUUUGAGCCACUCUGUAUACCAGCGUAACCUACUUUAUGAAGUCUAUUUCCAAAUUUGGGGAAGAACAAUUUCGCAAUAUGCCUAUUAAUAUUUUCCCAAUCAAUUCUAUGGUUUGAGUACUAUCAGAUAGGUAAAUAAAUAAUAUAUCUUUCAAAAGUUUGCCAUUGAUAUAUUUUAAUAGAUUAUAUUGAUGUCAUAGUUUUAUACAUGUGUUUAGAUUGCACAGAUGUAUGGUUUAGAAUGCUAGUAUCUGUGUUUUAUAGUGUGAUGGUUAUAGCUAUAUUAUAAUCCUUGAUCUAUAUCUAGUAGGAUAAAUAAGAAGUUGCCUUUAAAUAUUUUGAUACAUUUGAUGUGAAGUUUUAGUAUCUAUAAUAGAUUGAUCUAUAUAAUUCAUAUCAAUGGCGGUACAUAACCGCCCGAUAAGAAGGUAUAACAAGAUUUAAGCUUUGUAUUGCAGCCAAUCGUAU